AUGGAAAAUUUAAAAGAAAAAAAUUGUAAUAAUUUAAAUGUUAGAAGGAAGGUGCACCUUCAGAUAAAAUUUGGUAAUAAGAGAUGCAAAGCUACCUCAACUGUAUGGACAAUGGGCCCCGACGACUGUUUUUUAUGUAAUGGUUGCGGGCAACAGUACCAAACUCUGACAAAUAUUUUCAAUAUAUACAAGGGUGAUAUUAGAUACCUCGUGUAUAUAGACCCAUUACCAUUUAUAACAUCGACUUUCAUGGCUGGGACAUCUCUUUCAAUUUUCGAAUUAGAAUUAGUCAUAAGGGCUUUUCCCAGUAUUAUCAAAGAUCAUAAUAACAUAUUUUCUUUUGAAAAUACAGGGUUGCUUUUUAUAACCGAUGGAAAUAUUUUUACAGUAAAAAUAAGAAAAAGCAUUUUUAAAAUAAUUAAAAACUAA